AGUUCAAUUCCAUCCCUAGCAAACAAAUGCAGCACGCAUUUAUUAUCAUUCCAUUUUCUCGCCUUUUAUUUUAUUUCAUUUCAUUUCCAAUCAUGAACCCCUAUACCCUCUGUUAUGAGAAAGUUUACCCUUUAUUAUUCAUUGCCAAGAUUCCGAUUAAUUUAUUCCCGUAAAGAUUCAGUACUUUACUCAAUUUCUGCCUUCCUUGUGCAUAUUAGCUGUUGGUGGUCUCGCUUUGCUGAAAAUUGAUACGGAUUUGUGGCCAAAUUUUCUUAUUUGAAAGUGCGCAGAUUUCCCUGCAUGUUUCCGCCUCUAUCUCAUGGGGGUUAUCUAUACAUAGUCUCUUUUGAUGAGAGUUCGUGAUUCAACAUGCUUGCUUUUGUUAUUUCUUUGAGAAAAUCGAUUCUCUUUUGUUAGUUUGUUGUAAAGUUUGAAUCUUGGUUGGGAUCAGGUGGAAUUCCAAUGAGAAAUGGCGUGCCACGCUGUGCAAAUGUGGAGCUUGAGUGGUUUGGUGGCUGCUUUUCUUGAUCUUACAAUUGCAUACUUGUUGCUUUGCGCAUCCUCUGCUGCUUACAUUGCCUCGAAAUUCCUGGGCUUUUUUGGGCUGAAUUUGCCAUGCCCUUGUGAUGGAAUGUUUAUCAAUGUUCAUAGUAGAAGUUUGUGCUUUAACAGGUUGUUAAUUGAUUUUCCUAUCCAGAAAUUGUCAGAUGUUCAUCUCUCUGUUAGGCAGAAAUUCCCAUUUAGUAAUUCCGCAUCUCCCAGAAAGUAUGAUGCCAGUGUUUCUGGUGAUAACGGUGGUUUUGGGAUUAUUGAGCUAGAAGGCAAUGCAUCUUGUAGCUCUUCCAUAUCAGAUUCUAGGGGCUCUGCAAAUGUGGUUCGUAGGGAAAUUAGUUCAAGGACUGGGAAGAUUGAUGUGAAGGGGAAAGGGGUUUUGAGUUAUAGGCCAAAGACUCGAUUAUGCAGCAGGAAAGGGACUGGUAGUCAUGGGAGGAGUUCAUCUCUUUUGAGUUGUGAUUCUGCUUCUAAUGAGGAGGUCUUAGAUUCAAAACGUGGUCUUCAUAUUAACAAAAAUAAGAGGGGCAGCUGGUGCUCGGAACGUGGCUCGCUGCUCACUGAUAAUUCUGGAAAUCAUAAUCUUGAAUAUGAUAAAGUUCCCAAGAUGAUGAGAGGGAGGCUGAGGACUAUCAGCAGAGACGAAAUAUAUCUGUCUUCUGAUGAAGAUAAGAACGUGAAGGAAAGCGUGGUAUCUGGCGAAGAGCGACAAUAUGAUCAGCUAGAGGUUCAAAGUUGUGGUGGAUAUGAGAAAAAUAAAAUCAGGGUCUUAGAACAAGCACUUGAAAGGGAACGUGUUACUCGGGCUUCCCUUUAUAUUGAGCUUGAAAAGGAGAGAAGAGCUUCUGCUAGUGCUGCCGAUGAGGCUAUGGCUAUGAUUUUGCGUUUGCAGGAGGAAAAGGCAUCCAUAGAAAUGGAAGCUCGGCAGUAUCAGAGGAUAAUAGAAGAAAAGUCUGCUUACGAUGAUGAGGAAAUGGACAUUAUCCAAGAAAUUCUUAUGAGAAGGGAAAAGGAGAAACUCUUUCUAGAAAAGGAAGUUGAAACAUAUAGAGAAAUGGUUUUUCGAGGGAAUGAACAAUCAACUGGAGAUUGUUCAGAUGGAGAUGAUGCUACACAAAUGUUUAGUCCUCCAAAUCAUCCCAACGAUGAUCCAUUUUUAUUUCAGGACCAGCUUGCUGCAUCUUCUGAGGAGAAGGUAAAAGUGGAAAAUAAAAGUGUGCACGAUGAUCUUGUGAGUCAGUUCAAAAGUAAACCUACCUCUGGUAUAGAAUCGCCAUUCCAACCAUACGAUGAACAAUCAUGCUUUGAAAGCCUUAAUGACUCGAAUGAAAACUCUGAUGCAUCGCUUCAUAGUAGUUUUGGGACAAUGGAUCUUCAGGAGAAGGUAAAAUCUCCUGGCAAAAACAUACAAUUGACUCCAACAGCCAUUCCCUGCCAUACAAAAGGGCAUGUGAUGAUGCAAAAGUUGAACCAAGGACAUAAACUUGCUCACAAGGUUAUUAAAAUUUGUUAUGAAACCGAGAAAAGUGAUCUGAAUUACAACCCAACUCUGAAGCAGCAGGAAAAAGAUGCACCUCUUGGAUACUGCAGUUCAACUGAUCCAACUCUAGGUCAAAUUCCUCACGAUGUUCAUGUUAUUGGUGAUGGCAUCAACCUACGCAGAGAGGCAACUGCAGAUAAAGGCGAUCAGCUUACAGCCAGUAGUUCUUCAAAAGUACGUGAGAUGGACUCUGUUCAAUCUGGAGCUGCACCUGAGAGGAAAAAUGAGUCUUUUGUGAAGAAAAUCAGUCUAGAUUUACCUAGCUGUCUUCCACCAAUUUCCCGUAGAAGUUCUCUGAGCCUGCGACGUAGUUCCAUGUCAUCCUUGGAUAAUGAAAUGCUAAAAAUCGACAGUGAGAUCGUUCAGCUUGAAGAACGCUUAAAACGUGUUCAAGAAGGAAAAGAGAAACUUAACUUCUCUUUCGAGAACCAAGAAACUAAACCUUUACAGUUGAAAAUUUUGGAGGAUAUAGCACAGCAGAUUCAGGAGAUUCGCUACUUAAAUGAACCACAAAAGGCGGCAAGACAAGCGUCUCUGCCCCUUCUAAACUCUAAGGAUUUAUCAAAGAGAAGAAGAAGCAGGAGCGUAUCAUCGGGAUUCCGGAGGAGCUCCGAAGGAUGAUAUGGGUGCAUGGAGCUGGUUUGUUGAUAUGAUAAAAGUAUAGAAUCUAAAACUAUAGAGAAGUUCCAUAUGCAAAGAUCAAGGUGUGAAUUUAGGGUAGAAAUGGUAGGAGAUGGAAGAACAGUUGUUUAGCAUGCGACAUUUUCUUUUAUUUGCUGUAUUGUAUAGACAUAUUCACUUUGUAGUAAGCUUAUGUUAAUAAAUGUAUUUAUUUUCCA